ACAAGCCGGUGCCGAGCGCGAAAAACACAUCUGUAACGCGCUUCGCGACACGAAAUAUCCAUUCUAUAUUCAAAAUUUAGUUUCGAAAGUUAAAUUUCAGUUUACCUGAUUCGUUAGCCGACGCAAUUUUUUCCAUUUUUUGUGCUGUUGUGUGCUGGGAACGGAAUUUCCAGCAUCACAUGCUCCAGCCCCGGUGGGCGUAAAGCUUCGGAGUAACCGAGCCACACCGAGCCGGACGGCUGCCACCAGAUGAUCGGCUCAUUCUGGAACUUGUGCCGCGCGUGCCCUUCCAUGCCUGUGGAUAAGCUGCACUCGGAAUACCGCAGCACUUACAGAUGGCACGAGUACAAGGAACAGCAGCAGCAGCAACAGGGGGUGGUCAAGCAACCAGCUCCCACCCCGCCUACAGUACUGCCCAUCACCCGGGGAACAAUAGAGCCAGCAAUGCCUCGCCGCAAGAAGUACCCUGGCGUCGCUUACAAGACGAAUGAACUCUUCGACCCCGCACCCGUCGAUGACAUCCGCCCCCAACAAGCUUCUGCCUUCGACCGCGCCCGGAGCGCUCAGAGAAAUGAUUCAGAGCGCGCCGGGAGACGCAGCAAGUCUGAAGGACCUCGUCAGCCUCGCUGGACGGACACCGUUGAACCUAAGGCCACCACAGCGCUGGGCGAGGUGCUGGCGGUGAAGGAGCCUGAAGCUGCCAGCACUGAGUACCGCAACCAGUACGCCUGGCCCAAGGACACCGACGUACCAAGGAAGAGUAUUUCCAUGGGGGCGCUCAAGAAAGCUGCUGUAGCUGAAGGGUCGGUAGAGGCUGAACCGCUCAUGAACCACGUGGACGGUGACCACGACGACGGUCACAAACGGUACAUCGAAGACUAUCUGUGGAACGGUCAGAAACCGGGCGUCCAGAGAAAAUCGACGUUCCGUAGCGCGCUAUCGGCCCUCAUAUACAACGGGGAGGAUCGUUCCAAAGAUAAUAGGAAACGUUACAAAAGCGAGUACAAAAAGAAAUUUAGACCGUUCUCUCAAUACGUGUACGAGGCGUCUAAAGGGAAAUUUACGAAAUGCAGGGGGAAAGGGAAGUCGAUUGAGGAGGCGAGCGAGAGGUUGGUGGGGGAGACGGAGGGGGCAGGGGCGGGUGUGACGCUAGCAGGGCCGGGGUCGGGAGCGAGGGACUCAGCCAGCACGCUGCGCGCGGCCGGCCUGCAGCCGCUCUGCCUCGCGCAGGGCGACUCGUGGUACCGCGAGGUGCUGGAUCUGCGCAAGCGCGCCGGCGAAUAUAAGUACCGCGGCUGGGGAACUGAGCUAGCUCCUGAACACAUCACUCAGCUUUACAAUAAGCAAAUCGAGCUCUGGUACCAAGUGUCCCGGCGGUCCUCGCUGUCAGCCCUUUCACUCGCUUCCACCAAUCACAAAGCUCUGCCACGUGAUGAAAAGGAUGGAAAGGAAUCUAGAAACCAAUCCCCGAAGAAGUAUAGAUCUUUCCGGUCGGCACCACACCAGUCCAUCCAUAUGAAGUUGCAAGAAACCAAGGCCUUGGAGCGUUCUCCUCAUAAGACCUCGCCCCAGAAGCAGAGGAAGAAGCUGCAGGGAUACAGCUUUGAUGAGGGAGCUGCCCACGAUGGGGCAAAGUCGGAGGGUUCGUUCCGCUCCCCGCGCCGCCGGCCGCGCUCCGCCGACCCGGCGCCCGUGCCCAGCGCGCGCCACAUGCCCAACGGCCACGAGCCGCACCCUCGCCCCGCCAAGCCCACGGGUUUGCCGUUAAGUAGGGGCAGUAGUGUUAGAGUUAGGUCGACGUCACGAGGUGGCCGGUCGCCUUCCGCACCGAGCAAAACAGGGGCAGGGAUGACGAAUGGGGCUGUUGAGACAUAUGGAACGAUUGGGGUCCUUGGAGCCUUGGUGACACCAGGCAGGGGCAGGCGCAGCCGCAGCGUUACAAAAGUGGGCAUAAAAUUGGACGACGACAUCCCCGCGCACCGCAGCGCGUCGGUCGCCAAGGACCACUUCUUCGACGACUCGCCCGUCGUGAAGUCGCCGCCGGAGCCGACUCGGGUGAAGUCGCCCGAGCAAAUGAACAUGCGCUCGCCGGAUCCGGUCAACUGGACCGUGCCGCUCGACACCGGCAAGACUUUCACGGUCACUCAGAACGUGAAAAGCGAUGAGAGCAUUAAGCGCCCUAGCUCUGACUUUAAGAGCGCCUCUGUGGCCGACGAGCCCGCCGCGAAGCCGGCAGAAAUCGCUCCAAUUCAUCACCAGCAAAUGUCACCAAUACGUUCGCUUAAAAAGAGCGAAUCGCCGACAAGCCUGAGCAAGCGCACCGACAAGACCCCCACCACGCCCGUCAGCCUAACUCCCAUCGACGAAACCAGGGCCCUGGACAUGAACAAAGUGAAUGGAAUUAACGGCCUCAAUAGCAAUCAGCUAACUCCGGAAACGCCAACCCAGGACGCGAUUAAAGAUAUCAAGGAGAAAGAGGUGAUUAAAAAGUCGACUGAAGCGACUCAAGUGGCCCCCGGAGUGGUUGACACGACUGUAGUCAAUGAGGCCGCUAACACUGGCGGACUGACCGCGGCCGAGGUGCUCGAUAGAGCCCGCACGAGGUUCGACAAAUUCUGGGGCAAGAAGGAAGACGACGUUUAGUCAAUUCAAAUAUAAAUUUGUUUGUAAAUUGUGACAGUUACAAGUUCCUAAAAUAUUAAAUGAUAGUAAAAGAAGCUCCAAUACUAAGAGAAUUCAUCCUGUACGCGUAUAUUCUGUCACAAUUUACGGCAAAUUAAAAAAAAAACGUAGGAUGAUGCCGCGUUAUUUAAAAUAGCUUCGCUUCAAACGACGAAUGUAAACGGAAUAUUUAUUUAUUAAUGAAUAAUUACAAUCAGUCUAAAGGUGUGAUGGCUUGUGAUAGUAGUGAUGUUCGACAACUUAAAUAAAGAUGUGAUUCGAUUGGUUACUAAUACAGUGUAAGGAUACAAUCUCGUACCGGUUCCUUUUAAAAGUUACGGUAAUUAUAAACUAAAAUAAUUAUUAAAAUCAAUUAAUGUUUACCCAUUACGUGUAAGGACGUAGCUCCAUUUUUUUCGAUAUAAUCGUAUUCACGUUAGCUAAAAUAUUUUGCGACAUGUCUAACGGCCGCUGCGUAUGCAAAAACAGGAUGCACGUGUAACCGGGCCAUUAUGAUGCUAUCAACAAAUAAUUGUUUUUUGAAUAUUCUGUGGCGUGUCCCUAUCAAUUUUCGCUUCGUAUACCGUCUGUCUCUCCGUCCAUCAUAAAAAAACUUAACCACAUAAACUUCAAAUACCGGUCUUGCAGUAAAGUAACAAACGGAAUAUUUAAAAAUUAAACUAAAUUGAUAUUAUCUUUAUUUAAAAAAUCAACAAUAAUUUAAUAUUUAAAUCUAAAGCAUUAAGCAGAUUAAUUCAAUAUUAUAUUUUAUCUGCUUUUAGUUUUAAGUUCUUUAUUUUGAACUAGACGGUUACACUAAAGAUAAAAAUGGCAAAGUAUACUUGCGUAAAUGUAGUCAGCCGUCCAAAGUAGUAUUUUUUGCAAAUCUUACACAUUUUAUUGAUGACUAAUUAUUUUUAAAUGUAUCACUUCUUAAAAGUGUAGACUAUAGAAAAGUAAUAUUUUUUGAAAUAUGCAGCUUUAUCUGUAUGAUAUAAAAAAAAUAGAUUUUUGGCGGGAAUCCUAAAUAAAGUUUUACUCAUCGAUUUUAAGAUACUUAGAAAAUGGAAUUAUCCCGUCAAUGCUGUCGUCUAUGUUUAUCGACAACAGAUUUUAAGAUUUCUUUAUUCAGUAAUUACUGUCAGAAAACAAAUUUGGUGGACAAGAUAUUGGCUUGUUUGAAACUUACUAUUGAGCAGUCAGACUAUACGACGACAAUCUGCUACAAGUGCGCUGAAAAUGUCGAAAGAUACUAUGACUUCUUUUUAAACGUGAAAAAAUCCCAAACAAAGCUUGCCGAUUUAGAGAUAUGUGAUCGUCGGAUUAAAGGCGUUGAGUCCCGAAACGUAAACAGACGUCGCGUGACGUCAUACGUCCGAGAGCAAGUAAUUGACGCGGAUUACACAUUCUCAUUUCUCGAUUUAGAUAAAUCUAUUAAUGAAGAUAAACACGAGCCUCGAUCAUCGAGCCCAUUCUUUUCUUACUUCUCACCACCAAAUGUGCUCAUGAAACAAACUAAUGAACCGUGCUUGUGGAAGACGCCACGGACGCGCGUCGACAAUGUCCAUAAAACUGAGAUUAAGCGUGAGGAACCACACAAAAGAUGUAAGUUGGAGAAACCGAAACAUCACUCGAGGGAUUUGUUCGAUUCGCAAUCGCAAGAUAUCGAAGAGACCGAAUUGAGAAGCCUCGAUUGGAAACUGACCCCCGAUGAAACGCUGAUCAGACGGGUGAGAGAAAAAUGCUUUGGUCGAUCGGAUUUUUAAUUUAAACAAAUAAAUAAUAUGUUUUAUUCAUCUAUCUGUUACGUGAUAUCAAAUAAUUUAUUGAGAGUAUAAUUCAGUUGAAUUUUAACAAUUUCUAUGGAGUUCCGUAGAACAGGGUAUCGUUAGAGUUGAUUUAGAGUGGUUUCAAUGUUGUAGUUAUUAAUAAAUUCGAUAUGAUUAAUUGAUGCGUCGUCUGUAUUGUUCAUUUUAAGAAUCUGAAACUGUGUGCCGUAUGUUAUAAGACUAGGUACAUACCGUGUAUUUAAUCGAUACAUUCCUCAUGAUUGUAAGAUUCAAUUGUUAUUUUAUGUAAUGUUUGUAUUCUACGAUGUAACCGCACGUGAAACACUGAUUGGUAUUUUUAAGCAAUACAUGUAUUUAUUGCGUAUGUUAUUGGUUAAAACUUAAUUUUUAAUCCUAACAGCAUUCUCAUACAUAAUAAUUAAAUUGUAACUUAUUAUUAAAAAUGUAUUUAAUGAUACUUGCUUUUAAUUUAUUGUAUACUUAAUUUAAACUAAGAUGACAAUGCAUUUGUUCUAAGAUUCAAUUGUUAAUGGACAUACAUGUAACCGAUUUUGUUUUCAACUGUAAUUUCGUAUUAAUACCUAAUACUCGAUGUUUUUUUCCGCGCACAAAAAUACUGUUCAUAUAAUUUUGUGACCCCGAGCGUUAGAAAAAACCCAUAGCAGAUAAUAAGUUAGCUUUGCUACGGACUUAUAGCGUGAUUUUGUUCUCGACUUGUUAAAUCGAAAUCGACACCUAAAUAAAAUAUUAAAAAAGUUAA